CUCAAUCCUCCCUUUCCAGCACACGUUUUCGGCCUUCACCUUGUCGAGAAGUUUUCGCUUGCCCUGACUCCUUAUGUCGCUCGAAUUCUCGACGUUCUUGACCCAAAUCAAUGACGCACUGAACAACGAGAAUGGACCCAAUCUGGCCUACCUACUCCACCCGGGAAGUCCACAUGGCAAGGACCUCGUGAAAAUCUUCAGAUCGCCCAGUGCCGCAUCGCUUUCACAUUACAAGGGGAGCAUCGUCAGUCCCUGGGACGACAUCGCCAUUCAAUAUGUCCUGACCUGCUCGCACAUCGCGCGAGACAGAAGAGUUGACGCGUUCAAGGAGCAUUCCCAGCUCGUCUCCCACUUUUUCCGAUUCUUCACAGAAAACCGCGGAUGGACACUUCCGGCCUUGUUCUCGGUUCUUCGCGACGUCCGAGAUAUCGCUUACGAGGUAUGCAUGAAAACAAGCUUCCUCGUUGCGCCACGCUGGAUCUCGUAGGCAGACUGGCAUGCGAGAGUGCAUAACCAGAACGGCGAAUGUUUGGAAGAAGCCGCUCGAACGGUAGCAAAGGCGUUCUCGAACUGCAUGGUGGACAGGUGUGUAGCAUGGCUGCGCCUGUGGCUUUGCAGGUACACUUACAGUUAGGACAGGGUGUCGCCUCCCGAAGAAUCCAGGAAAUGGGGCGUUUACUAUGUGGCUGGGCUCGCGAUGAAAUGUUACUUCAGGGUAUGUCUUGCGUCGGAUCGGCUGCUCACGCCGCUGACUUUCGGAAGAUCAAACAUAUCUCGCUGACGAAAAAUGUCAUCAAAGCACUCAACAACACGCCCGACAUCCCUCCGUUGCAGAGGUAUCCACGGUCGCAUCAAGUGACAUAUCGAUACUAUCUAGGCAUGCUCGGCUUCUUAAAUGAGGAAUACGUGGAAGCAGAGAGAGAGUUGACCUUUGCAUUCUACAAUUGUGUCGUCGAGGCUCAGGAGAAUCAGACGCGAGUAAACUUUUAUCUGCCUAUUGAUCCUCGCCUGCUAAGCUUAGAACAGGCGAAUCCUGGCAUACCUCAUUCCUCUUCGGAUUCUUCGCGGGCACUUGCCAUCGGACGUGCUCUUUCAAAGGUUCCCGAUUCUUGCCGACAUCUUUUCGCCAUUCAUAUCAGCAAUCCGCGCGUCAGACAUCUCAGCAUUUGAUCGUGCAAUUGAGCUACGAAAGACUCGUCUGAUUGAGCUGAACUUGCUCCUUGCACUGGAAAGAGCGCGGGAGUUAUGUGUCAGAGGGCUGUUUCGCAAAGCAUGGAUUAUAUCGGAAAAGACUACGCGGAUGCCUAUCGCACUGUUCCACUCGGCAUUGGAGGUCUCCGGAAUCACGGUGGGCGUUGAGGAAGCAGAGUGCUUGGUUGCAAACAUGAUCUACAAAGGGUACAUGAGGGGGUACAUCAGUCACGCGAAGCAAAUGGUAGUUUUGGCUGCUGCCAACGCUUUCCCCUCUGUCGCAGAGCGUCUUUACCCCUACAAUCCAUUAUGACUUGCAAGCCCUCAUACCACGGGUUAUCUGACCGUGACUUUGAUGCUCUCCACGUCGUUGGCCCAGCUAGGAUACUAUUUUGCGCUUGCUUGGAUGUUUCAGACAGACGCCGUGAUUCUGAGGGUCCCCUCGUUGUCACACCCUCCUGGAUGCUAUCUCUCCAAUCAUUCAAUACCCUGUGCUACAUAGCCGCCAGUACCGCUCAAACAUGCCGCAUCUUGCUAUCUGCAGCAUCACGCAAACCGCGCUCACCUCUUCAUUGACUGAUCACACAUACACCCCCAACAAGCAGCUUUCAACGACCGACUCCCGGAGACCGACGAACGAAACCAGGGAGAUGGAUCCCAGAGGCGCGAGGGCAGGGGAGUCGGAUGGACAAGCGAGCGGAGCGCAGGGACAAUGAGACUCAAACAUGCGCUCGACGUGCGCCCCGAAAUUGGACGUUCGGCCUCACCUCACGCAACACACCACACCUUUCGCGGCAUCUUCCUCCGGGACUUGUGUCAGAUAUACACUUGUACGUGUUAGCUCCAACGUUGUCACGUCUCUGAGCUCCAACCGCUGUCGCUGUGGGCGGGGCGACAGAGAUCCAGAUCAUUACCGGCACCCAGUUGAUCGCCAUCCUCGGCGGCGGCGCUGGUUAUCGGUUAUCGACGAAUCCACAUAUCGUAGAGGUCGUUGAGCCGGGUGAGCGGACGUCCGCCUCUAGAGUCCUCUGGGAUGGCGAUGUUCGGUGUGGCUAUAGGCUACAUCGACGGCGGGGUGGCCUGGGCGUUAGUCAAAUCCAAGACCCCGCUCCAGAUAACUUUCUGUUUACUCAUUCUAUCCACCCUCCUCACUGCCUUCCUCCUGCCGUACAUACCACCCGGCGGCUUCCCCUUGCGCAGUGGCACAGCAUCGAACCCUGUUUUUCCCGAUUGCGAUGUCGAAACGACCUCUUUCUUUUCGUUCCUGCGCCCACUGGGGAUCUUCUGGCCUGCCAAGUAUGCGGAUGGAAGCGAGCGAUUCUGGGGCGUGUCUCUCUUGGUCUUUGGUGAUUUCUCUUCUGUGAUGUCGCCUCUCAUGCUGCAACUAACCGCGACCAACAAGUACGGCUUCAAGCUUGUCGACAAGGGCUUACUGCGCGCUGUUCUCUUCUGUUUUCCUCUGCUCUGUGUCUGCAGUGCUCCCACACUCCACUCUUUCGCCCAGUGCCCGCAAGCCCAGACCCUGGUCCCAACAACGCAUACCGACCUGUGGACGACACCCACCGCACUGCAUCGCACCGACGCGUUCCGACUGCGAGCCGUUGAAGGACUGGGUGCGGCCGUGCGGAUUCCGACGGAGACAUUCGACGCGGUAGGUCCAGUGGUCGAGGAUCCAAGAUGGUUGUCUCGUGCGCCUAUUUCGGGCUAUCUCGAAGCGAAACACGCGACACUCUCACUGCAGCGAGUGAAUACUUAUGGAUUGGUGUACACCUGGAAGGAUUCGGACCCGAGCUUGAAGCUGUUGCUGCCGAUGGGACCUUAUGACUUUGUCCCAGUUGCUCCAUUCAGUGGCAGGGGUAGCUCGGACGACAAGAGCAGCGUCAUCGGCAUCAUGACCAACAUAGAGAACUUGCUUGAGCAUGGCGAUCAGUAUGGUGCCAUAUUCGCUGUUUCUGGGGUUGCCGAGAAGGGCUCUAUUACUGUUGAAUGGGAAGUGAAAACCCCUGACGGUCAUUCGAGCAUGCCACCUGAACACACGAGCAUCGGCGUCCUCGCUGCGCUCAUUGUCGAAUUGGAAAAGAAUCCACCUCCGGCCAAGUUCGAGACGGACAACACGUUCUUCGAGAUGACGGCGUGCUAUGCUUUCCACGGACUCGACAUUAACUUUGACUUCCGAGCAGCAAUAUUGGCGUCGUCCGACAAUGAGUCCACCCGUGCAGAAGCCGAACGAAUCCUGUACAGGAAGAACACCUUCCGGUCACUAUUUGUCCUGUCCCGGGCGGUCGCCUCAACAGACGACAUCAUGACGGUCAAGCUCGCCAAAGGAACGCGCGAACACCCGCAUGACAAGCUCAUCUUCACCUUUCGGCGCCAACCCCUGGUUAGGGUUAGGGUUAGGGUUAGGGUUAGGGUUAGGGUUAGGGUUAGGGUUAGGGUUAGGGUUAGGGUUAGG